AUGGCGUUUUUCAAUGCAUUCGUUAGUUUUCUAAAAAAACUGGUCUUAUUUAUUUUGAUUGUGGCUGUUGUUAUUCCGCUGCUAUAUGGAUCAACAAAUCCUCGAUAUCUUACUCUUCGUUUGCUACACUCAGUAUUAACAUUAAAACAUUCUCUCCUAUCAGAUCAAGCUAGACCAACACUUAGUGCUGAGUAUCGAGCUUUUGAGAAUGUAUUACGUAUGAAACCGCUAAUAAAACAUGAUGCAUUGGCAGAUCCAAUUAUCAGAGUCAAAGACUUGCGUUCCACCUUCAGCACAAAUAGCAUUAUUCCAAAACCAUCACAAUGUCAAAUCAAUAAAGAAGUAUUCGUUCAUGAUGGACAUUCAGUAGACACCUAUUGGAUUAAUUAUCCUCCAAGAAAGUUGCAAAAAGAUUCCGAUAAAUUAUUGCUCUACUUUCAUGGUGGAGGAUAUGUAUCAGGCGAUAUUCAGAGUCAUAGUGGUUUUGAAUGUCAUUUAUCUGAACUUUUCAAUAUAACUAUUCUUCAUGUAGAAUAUCGUCUUGGUCCAGAACAUCCACUCCCUGCAGCUGUCGAUGAUGCAAUUGCAAUCUAUCGUGCACUUUUUUAUCAGAAGAUUUCACCAUCUCAAAUGCUUUUUAUGGGUGAUUCAGCUGGUGGUGGUCUUGUUCUACUAACAAUUCAAGCUUUACUUGCUCAUCAAUUACCUGUUCCUCGUGGUGUUAUUGCUUUGUCUCCAUGGACUGAUCUUUCAACAUCUGGUGAAAGUUAUAAACGCAAUCGUGAAAUUGAUGUAUUGCUUUACGGUGACGAUAUCGACUGGGGUGCCUCACAAUUACUCGGUCUUAAUCAUUCUCAAUUAUUGCUAAAUAGUCCUCUAGUGAGUCCUCUUUUUGGUUCAUNGUUUUAA